CACACCUACGCCGCGCCCGACCGGUAUCAGUAGGUACCAGUAGUAUGAGAUCUCAAGUUCUCCGUCAGACUCGGGAACGGAUAUAGGUGCGUACUCACCUCGCUAUCUACGCAGGCACUCACAACGGCUACUUUCCCCAUUGUUCAGGCGCCAAUAUAACGGUUAUAAAGCGACACGAGGAGUCAGUGCGUUCUCCCGGGCAUCCAGCUUGGUUCCCUUGUACGACUAUGGCGGAUGGUAUCGUUUCUAUCGUGCACAGUUCCAUCCCCGCUCCUUCUACUGUCUACGGCACCGUGACGAAUGCUGUCGGCAGCGCCAGUAGCAGCGCUGCAUGGGCACAGGCUUCUAGCACUUCUGUUACGAGCAUCCCUGGGCCAACAGCGUGGUCGGUGGAUUCCACGGCGCAGCGCUCCUUCCUGCGCUCGGUGAAUGCGGGCGUAUACAUCGGCGCUGUUCUACUUGGGGUGCAUACCAUCACCUUCGGGCGUGCACUUGUCGCCUCUUGGCGCGCGGAGCGGUUGGGUCGUCGCGUGAUGUUCUUGCUUAUCGCGAGCGUGUUGUACGCGAUGGCGAACGUGUAUGAGAUCUGCAACAUCGUGUUCACGGUAAACUCCUGGGUUAUCGGGGAAGGCAGCUCGGGAACGUCGUACACCUACUUCAUCGACAACCAGAACUCGGGAUUGGAGAUCGCGGCUACGGUCGCUGUCCUCAUCAGCACUGUGCUGACCGACGGGUUCCUAUAUGUUCGAUGCGCGGCUCUGUGGUCGACCCUAUGGGUCACAGUACCGCUUGGGUUACUCACCUUGGUUACAUACGCCUUGGAUAUUAUGCAGGCGUGCUGGACUGCGACUCCUGGGAACGACAAUAGCCUCUGGCAGAUCCCACUGUUCAGCCAGCUUACCAUCUCUGUCGCGCUUGCCCAGUCGCUGCAUGUCAUUUUCACUGUGCUCUCGGUUUACCGCCUCGUCACCAAGCGCGACUUGUUCGGCCAGCUCGUCGGCAUCAAGGGCAUGGCGAUCGAGUCGGCGUUGACGUAUGGCGUUGUAUCGGUUGUGUUCUUGGCGACCUACUGCGCUCAGAACAUGGCGGCCAAUGCGUUCCUCCCGAUAGUGGUCCAGAUCCAGGGUAUCGUCGUUGACAUGAUUCUUGCUCGCUGCUACCGCGGCGAACGUACCCCAGUCGUCAGACCCUGGGCCGUGGCUCCUGCUACCAUCGUUCAGCUCCCUGUGCCUGUGCAGGCAUCCUCGGAGGCAAGCAGCGUCACGUAUGAUGAGAAGCUCGCGCUUGCGAUGAUGACCAGCAAAUGGGACCACGAGAUCGACAGGAAGGAGCCAGUGCCGCCUGAGUACAGUGUCUAAACUGUGCAUCCACGGUUUCGACGGCGACUGCACGGGUUCCUGGUAACAACCUGGAUGACGGACAACGCUCCUGCAUACGUAUUAUUUACGAUUGUCAUGUACAUAUGUUCGUGUCUGAAGCGCAUACCUUGCUAUUAGCAAGACGUGUUGUCUCGCAAACAAGCCCCAUUUGGUUCAAGUUCUCGCAAUUUGGAUUUAACGGCCUGAAGCCUGAGAGUGGGAUAUUGAAAGGUCCAUUGGUUGUCCAUUGGUGGGAGCAGUAAGGCAAUCUAUACACCGACUCGCACUCGGAAGGCGUUGAACA